GCAGGGGGCGGGGCUUGGCUCUGACGCUACGCCCUCGUGACUCUCGCUGGGACCGGAAGUGGCAGUCCUUGUCAGUGGUCUCUAGCCGUGAGGACCUAAGACUGACUUGAGGGCCCGCCGCAGCCACUCCUACGCGUGUUCUGGCUCCCCGGCGAUGGGCUCGAGAGGAGCCCUGCUGUGGAGGCAGCUGCUGCUCGCGCUCCUGCCGGGGCUUUGCCUGGGCCAGGACCACUUCUUCUUCGCCGCUGCCGGCGGGGGCGGCCCGGGCUCACCGGCGCCGGCCCUGGAAGUCGUCCGCCGCCCGGUCGUGCUGUCCGAGCAGCAGGUGCUGGAGGCGCAGGACUUGUCCCUGUCGCUGCUGCGGGGCCAGGGGCUGGGCCCGCUGACGCUGCCGCUGCCCCCUGACCUGCCCGAGCUGGAGCCCGAGUGCCGGGAGCUGCUGCUGGACUUCGCCAACAGCAGCGCGGAACUGACGGGAUGCCUGGUGCGCAGCGCCCGGCCCGUCCGCCUCUGCCAGAACUGCUUCCAGCUCUUCCAGCAGGUCACCGGCAAGAUGGACAACAUCAGCCGAGCGGUCGGGAAUAUGUCAGAGAGCCAUAAUUGUGCCAAAAGUCUCUUGAUGUCAGACAGGAUGCAAAUUGUAGUGAUUCUAUCUCAGUUUUUUAAUACCACAUGGCAGGAAGCAAAUUGUGCAAAUUGUUUAACGAAUAACAGUGAAGAACUAUCAAACAGCACAAUUAAGUUCCUUGAUCUGUUCAAUAAUACUUUGACAUGCUUUGAGAAUAACAUUCAGGGAGAUUUGAUCAGUUUUCUCCAACAAAGAAAUUACACAGAAGUGUGCAAAAACUGCCAGGAAAUAUACAAAAAUCUAAGUUCAUUGUAUAGUGAGAUGCAAAAAUUGAAUGAACUCAAGAAUAAGGCUGAACCUGGAACGCAUCUAUGCAUUGAUGUGGAAGACGCAAUGAACAUUACUCGAAAACUCUGGAGUCGAACUUUCAACUGUUCAGUUCCCUGCAGUGAUACAGUUCCUGUAAUUGCUGUUUCAGUAUUUAUUCUCUUUUUACCAGUAGUUUUCUAUCUUAGUAGCUUUCUUCACUCAGAGCAAAAGAAAAGAAAACUCAUUCUGCCUAAACGUCUUAAAUCCAGCGCCAGUUUCGUAGGCAUUCAAGAAAAUCCAAAUUAAAGCCAAAAAAAGGUGAACUGAAAGUCUAUCCCAUGAAUAAGUGGUAGAGGAAGCAACCUGCGCAGAGAGAAGAUAACUGUUGCUCUAUGUUUUCACUAACACUUCUAUUACUGACUGCUAACUGAGAAGUCCUAAUAUAUGUCAGAUUCUUCACUGUGGGGUUAUGUGGGGAUUUUAAGCUCAUUUUCAAAUGAGACUAAACUCUUCCCAUAGCUUUUUUAUACUUAUUUUGGAGCCGCUUUUUGGGUUAAGGUUUUUAUACUUGCCAUGUGUAGCAAUAGUUAUCUAUCUUGCAAUGUUUCUGUAUAGUAACACAAAUAACAUGUAAGAAUGGUCUUUGUUUAAAGAUAUGUGGAUCCUAUUUAACCCUUUAUAGGGCAAAUACCUCAAGUUGGGAAACAAGCAAUCUUGAAAUUUAGAUAUUUGAUUUAUAAUUAGCAAAUCCUUUUUUUUUAUCUUAAUGAUUUACAUCCAAGAUUCAGAGAAGGAAAUAAACUCCUUUUUAAUGUUAGGCGUAAGAAUUCCUUCAGUUAAACAACAUUAAGCCUAUCACUGAGAGAAAUAAGUGUGCCAGCCAUUUCACAUUUGAUAUAAAUGGAAUUCAGCAAAAGCUAUAAUUACCCUCCACUGCAGUACUGUUCGGUAUUUACUAAGAUGUAUCUAAUCUCGGACAUCUGCAUACAAUAUUUAACUAAAGUUUCUACUUUUACUAAAGUAAUUUUUGAAACUACUUAACUUAAAACUUUUCCAUUAAUUUGUAAAAGAAGACAAAUUAGUAUGUAAAUCUAGGGGAAAAUUAUAGUAAUUGUCUUGUUCUUACAUGCCUUUUAAAAACAUUAUUUAAUAUUAUGUUUUUGUCUUUAUUUUAGAACAAAUUGGUACUGCUCAACUACUGUAACUUAAGUUUUAAUAAUUCAGGGCAAAAAGAUGUUCUUUGCAAACAAAGGAGCUGUGUUUUUAAUCAAAUUUUACUGUUGGCACCUUAUUGCUUUAUUACAGCAUUAAAUCAAAUUAAACCAUAAUUAUUCCAUUCUAAAAAUGUAGCUUUACAUUGAAUUUUUAUGUUAGGCUAGUGGAUAGAUGUGGGGGAUUUUUGGAGUGGGGAGGUGGUAAAACAAGGGAUAUAUAAACCACUUUACAUAACAGAAAAAUAAGUGACUGAGAGGGAAUAUUUAAUUUACUCUACUAUUAUUAAACUAAUAAUACUUAAUGGCACAAACAUAAAUGACUCAAACAAGUAGUGCUUUAAUUUUCAUAAUUUUGUGAAAUGUAUAUGAUGUGGUUGAAAUGAAGUUAGAAAUUUAAACAAGCUUUCUUUUAAAGGUCAAUCCUAUUUUCUAAUGUUCAGUUUAACUUUAAAAAAUAGCUUAGUGUCAGUAUUUGGCAGCUGUUCUCAGGUUUUUAGAGUUAUGGCUCUUUAUUAAUGCUUUUUUUGCAUUUUGCUGUUAUUUGAUUUAAGAGAAUAUGAAAAUAAUUGUUUUUUUGCAAAAAUUCAUUUUUAGUAAAAUAGUAGGAGAUUUCAUUUCCAUGUCUUAGUUGUAUAUAUGGUAUAUGAGAGAGAGAAGGCUGAUUAUUGGCUCUUUAACAGAAAACAAGUUUUUGUUCUUUUCCUGGGCUCCAUUCCUAAACUUUCUGGAUUUGUUCAGCUGCCACCUUCCAUGCUGUUCCUAAUAGCAUUAUCUUGAUUUGAAAAAUCAUAUGAUUGAAUGCUGUUGAAAGCAAUCUUUUAUUAAUGCUAAUAAAACCAGUUUACAUGUCCAAAGCUAGAGAAUGACAGCUUUGAUACUCUAAAUAGUGGCUUCACAGCUAAGUAGUCAUGAAAGUCAUUACUUUUGGAUAUGGUAAAUAAGCACUUUAAAAAUGAAUGGGCAGCCUUCAUUUUUCUUCUGACUGACUCAUGUGACUUUAGAAAUGGCAGUUGCAACAAACUUUAGAAGUAAUCCUGUUUAAAUAUUUAAUUAUUGUAUAAUCAUUACAUAGUUCUACAUUCUGGGAAGCAUACAUAUAUGCUCCUAAAGUAUAUUAAGUUACAUUAACAUGGUAGGUUUUAAAAUAAUUUACCUGAAAGAAAUUUCAUACUGCUUUUGAUUAAAAAAAAUACUGCUGUUUCCAGAUUGUAAUUUCACAUUACAUUUUAUUGAGUUUUCAGAGACUUCUUUUGAAUAUUAGAUAUUCGUAUUUCAAUUCAAAAUAAAAGACAUUUAAAUUUGGGGAUAACAUUUUAAUUUAAAAAUAAAAAUUAUAUGUCAACUUGUGAAAUAUUAUGCAACAAUAUGUAAUACUAGUAGUUGAAUCCGAUCAUUUGUACCCUCUGUUUGGUAACUGUUAUUUCUAAUAGGACCAAUAUUUUUGUAAUUGCAUAUAGGUGGUUUACAUUUUCCACCAUACUUCCUUCUUAAAACUACAUGAAAAAAUGUUGGAUUUGUAUGGUUCUGCCAAAUACCAAAUACUACCUGUGUGACCUUAGACAAAUCACUUAAUUUCUCUGGGGCUUCAGUUUUCUUAGCUAUAAACUAUAAGAGAGUUUGACUAGAUCACCUCUGAGAUGCCUUCUGAUUCUAUGAUCCUUUAAUCCACUUUCCCUGGAGAAUAAUGUUAAAACUAGUGGUUCUGUUUCAUGCCAAGGAUCAUACAGGAUGAACAAUAUCUCAGAAAAGCAAAGAUACGGUAACCACAAGUGUCUAUGAUAGCAAAGUAAAAUUAUGUUCCAAGUCAUAGAAUUUAAGAAUUGGAAUGAAUUUUAGAGAUCGGUUGAUCCAACCCCCUCAUUUUACAGAUGAAAAAAUUAGGCCCAGAGGGAUAGAAAGACUUGCCUAAGGGCACACAGUCCAUUGCUCACAAUACCACACUGCCAGUCAUAUGUAUGUUUUUAAAAACAGAUGCAUGUUGAUUAAUCUAGGAACUUCAGUAUUGUUAUGCAUUUUAUGUACAACAUAUUGGAAAAGACAUUAUACUGUAUCAUAAAUCUGACUUAUCCAAAACUAGUAUGAUAGUUUUAAUAAAUAUGUUUAACUAAUUUCUGUUGUCUUAGAAUUUAAAAGGUUGGGGUGUGGAGUGGGACAAAUAACUUGGGUCAGCCAUUAUGUCUCAUUUUUUAAAAAUGUAUGAAUAUAUUUUGUUUUGACACAACAUUCCCUUUCUAGUACCUCCUCCCACAUAGUACUUUGUCUAGAAAAAGUUAAGCAAAACUCAUAUAGUGAUUGUGAAAAAUAAAACAUGUAACAUUC